GUAUACGAAUCUAUCCAAAGUUUUUGUUGUUUUUCUUUUUAAAUCUAUGGAUCUGGAAAUCACGUUUGCUUUGCUGCUGAUUGUGGGUGUAUGCUGUUUAGUUAAAAUCAACUGAAAUGUUGUAAUGAAUCGACAUUCCGUUUUCAGUCUGACUGGUUUGAAUAUUUAACAACGUUCGUUAUGGAGGAAUGAUUAUCUAAUGAUGGGUCCAUCCCAAUGGAAAUCAGAUCUAGCCCUAAUAGAUCAGCUAGAGAUCGAUGUUAAAGUCAACGAUCAACAAUGUUCUUUCACUUUCCUAUUUAUAUUUUUCCUAGACUAGAUGCAGGGUAGUCGUAUGCUUAGAAAAAGUAGAUAUUUUGAAUGAACUACUCUCACCUGGUUCUGGAUUGUACACCUUAAAAGUCACUUAUUCAGUCUGUCCGAACUCCAACUGAACACACACACACACACACACACUAAAAAACAAAAGGAAUCAGAUCACUUGGUUCAAUAAGUUUUGUGGUAGGUGAGGGUCUCAACCAUGACAAAUGGCUGUUGUUGGGGACAAAGACAAAUCCCAAUUACAGCCAUAUUUGGGGAGUUUAAACUAUAUUGAAGAAAAACAAAAAAAAAAAAGAUUCUCUCGUAACAUUUUUUAAUACCAGUAACAAUUAGUAUAAACUUAUUAUCAGAUAUUUUAUUUUAUUAAUUUUUAUUUGUAAUUUGGUGUGGGCAAUUUUAAACCCUGAAACCUAAAAAAGAAAACCCAAACAACACCCCUAAGUUAGAAUAUUUGUAUCUUUUUGGGUUAAUUCAGUAAAAUUAGGACAAGGGGUAUUUUCGGAAUGUUUUUUUAAGUAUUAGUUUUCUUUCCGGUAUUUGUGUUUGGGUCAAACUCUUUUUGGUCUUAGCAUAAAUAAGGCGUAUAAUUCAUUCAGAACUCAGUUUUCUUCCAACAAUAUACUUUGGAGGCUCUAAGUAGUUGUCAAUUCCCCUGUUCCUGUUCUUUCUUAACUCUCUGUUUAUACUCUGCUGUUAAGUUGGGCACAAGGAUCAAGCUGUGAAACAGAUCCUUUUGAUUACAUAUCUUACAUGUACAGUAAAAAUGAAAUUACAUAGUCAAAAUAUAGAAAAUUUACCUUACGGAUUCAUAUCUGAUGUAUAAUUAUUGAGGGUAUAUUGGUCAUUUUGCUGAUUUAUAUUCUGGGAGUUAGGAAUUGUGUCAUGGCUUGUGUUUUUACUUGGAAAUGUUUUUUUUUUGUUCGUUUUUCUAACUUUAUAAAUGAUUGAUGUGUUGAAUAUGAUUACAAAAUCCCUUUAUUAUAGAAAUGUCAUCUAUAUACAAACUGCAAAGCAAUUUUCGCUGCUAUAAAUAUAUUUGGGUAGAGUUUUCAACUUCUUAUUACAGCAUUCUACUUUGAAAAACCGACCCAAUUAUAGCAAUGCUAUAAUGUUCUAAUAAAAAAAUCUGCAAGUACAAUGUUAUAACUGGGUAGAAUUUUUAAAGUGAAAUGGAUUAAUAAGAAAAAAAUUGAAACUAAAAUACUCUAAUAGGAAGAAAUGAUACACAAGGAAAUGGAAGUAUGUUGCUAUUGCUUGUGUUUUCACUUAUAAUCUAAUUUUUUGAUUCUAAACGUUGGAUGCAUUUGAAUACACUUUGGGCAGGUGACUUUUAAGCCACUUGACAUGUUUUAAAUUUUGGCUCUGUUUUUUUAAACUUUACUCAUUUGGAUAACCAGAAGAACUUAUGAACUAAAAAGUGUGAGUUGAACUGUGCCAUCCUCAUUGACAUAGCACUUUUUUAUGUUAAAUAAAAUCAUGCCUUUAUCGGCGACUCCAAAGCCAAAAUCAUCUAAUACACAAUAAAAUGGAGUUUGUAUCUACAUCUUGAAGGAAAAACUUUGAUUACUAGUUACUUAUGGCUUGUAGAUGAUAUUUUAAAAAAGAUAGUUCUGCAAAUUAUUAAUGAAAAUAUGAACGGACAAAAAAGUAAGCUAAUUGACAACUUUUAACAAUUUCAUCCCCUUUUAUGAUUUGUUACACAUGCUUUGCAGGUGUCGCUAAAAAGCUAGAAUAUUGGAAAAUGGAGGUUAUAUCUGCAAUAAUUAGUCCUAUUGUUGAAUCUUUAAUUGAUCCGGUCAAGAAACAACUGGGAUAUCUCUUUUCGUCCACGAAACAUGUUAGGAAUAUGAAUACCAAAAUAAAGCUACUGGAUGAUACAAGCUGUGAUGUCAAAAAACACAUGGAAACAAACAAUAUAAGUAAUCUAGAGACACCUACUCAUGUACCGGGGUGGUUGGAAGAAGUUGAAGAGACUAAAGAAAAAGCUCAAAGCAUUCCAAGUACUGGGAGCGGAUGUUGUAACUUGAAAAUGAGGUAUCGAGCUGGAAGGAAUGCAUUCAAGAUCACGCAGGAGAUGGAACGUCUUAUCGAUGAAAAUAGUAAGAUAACUUGGAGUGAUACUCAAAGACCUCUUGGGAAAGUGAACUCGAAAAUCGCAUCCAGUCAUGUUCCUUCGGAUGGUGAUGCCCAAAAUCACUUCAAAUCAAGAGAGAAGUCUUUUAAGAACGCCUUGGAGUCCCUCCAACAAGAUCACAAGAGCAAAGUGAUAGCCCUAUGUGGAAUGGGUGGUGUGGGGAAAACCACCAUGAUGGAGCAACUGAAAAAGGCUGCAGAAGAUAAGAAAAUGUUUGAUUAUGUUGUGAAGGUGGUUAUUGGGCAACAAAUUAACAUGUCUAAAAUUCAGCAAGAUGUGGCAGUGUACAUGAUGGGCCAAUCGCUCACUGAACCGAGUAAAGAAGCAAGAGCGGAUCGUCUUCGUAUAACAUUUGGAAACCUUCCCGAAGGUAGAAGAAGGGUUUUACUAAUACUAGAUGAUGUAUGGGAAACGAUUGAACUCAAAGAUAUUGGAUUGAGUCCUUUGCCCAACGGCUUCAAGUUGUUGUUGACAUCACGAAAUGAAAAUAUUUACAAACAAAUUGCAGUAGAAGCUAAUUCGGAUUCGACACUAGUUCGAGUGGAUGUGAUGGAGGAGCCCGAAGCACAAAAUUUCUUUUGGAAAAUCACAGGAGUUUCAAAACAACAUGAUAUGGAGCUCAAUCAAAUAGGAAGUGAAAUUGUGAGAAGAUGUGGUUUUUUGCCCCUUGCCAUUAAACUCAUCGCCAAGACCCUUCAAUUUCAGGAAGUUUUUUUAUGGAGAGAUACUUUUCAAAGGUUGAAGAAGAAGAAUCUUGAUGAGAAUGUGCAAGAAGUUAUCAAGAUAAGCUAUGACUAUAUAAAAACAGAGGAGGAAAAGGUGAUUUUUCUUUUGUGUGGCUUGUUUCCUGAUGACUUUAAUAUUCCAAUUGAGGAACUCACAAGAUAUGCAUGGGGCCUACGUUUGUUAAGUGAAGUUUCUACUUUGGGAGAGGCUAGAGACAGGACAAAAACGUGUGUGCAGAAUCUUAGAAAUGCAAAUUUGUUGAUGGAUAGCGAUUAUAUUGGGUGUGUCAAAAUGCAUGAUCUUGUGCUUGCUUUUGUGUUAAGUAGAGUUUCUAAAGGUGACCAUCCAUGGAUGAUCAACCAUGGUGAUAUUUCAAAGUGGAGUAGAGCUGAAGUGAAAGAUUCUUGCAAAAGAGUUUCUAUUACUUGCACAGGAAUGUCUGAGUUUGCUGGUGACUUUAAAUACCCAAACCUUUCACUUUUGAGACUUAUGGAUGGAGAUAAGUCGCUUAAGUUCCCUGAAGAUUUUUAUAAAAGAAUGGAAAAUCUUGAAGUUGUAGCAUAUGAAAAAAUGCAGUAUCCGUUGCUUCCCAGAUCACUUGAAUGCUCCACCAAGCUACGAACACUCAUUCUCCAUCAGUGCCUAUUGAUGUUUGAUUGCUCUGUAAUUGGUGAACUAUUGAAUUUGGAAGUGCUCAGUUUUGCUCAUUGUGGUAUCAGAAAGUUACCAUCCACAAUCGGAAAGUUGAAGAAGCUAAAGCUACUGGAUUUGACAGGGUGUCUUAAUCUUCGUAUUGAUGAUGGUGUCUUGAUAAAUUUGGUCGAGCUUGAAGAGCUUUAUAUGAGAGUUGAUGAUAGAAAGGCAAUCAGGUUCACAAAUGGAAAUCGUGCUGAAUUAGCAGAGCUUUCAAAGCACCUUUCUGCAUUAGAACUUGAGUUCUUUGACAACAACGGUACACCCGAGAAUAUGCUGUUUACUAAACUUAAAAGGUUCAGGAUCUCUAUGGGAUGUGGUUUAGUAGGCAAUACUCACAAAAAUAUGCACUUAUUUGAAAACACAUUGAGGUUGGUCACUAACAAAGAUGAGCUGUUGGAAUCUGGAAUGAAUGAGUUGUUUGAGAAAACCGAGGUGCUUUAUUUGGAGGUGGAUGGUAUCAACGAUCUUGAAGAAGUUUUAGUGGAAUCAGUUCAUCUUCCUCGACAGGCGUUUAAUAAUCUAAGAGUCCUUGAUGUUUUCAACUGUGAAAACUUAAGAUACCUCUUCACAGUCCCUAUUGCAAAUGGUUUGAUGAAGCUUGAGCGGCUCACAGUUUCAAAGUGCCCUGCUCUGGAAGUACUUGCACAUAGUGAGAAUGGUGGAGAUGGGGCAAUUAAGUUUCAGAGGCUAAAGUUUCUAAGAUUGGAUAGGCUACCAAAGUUGAUAGGUCUUUGCAACAAUGCUAAUGUAAUUGAGCUACCACAGCUGGUGGAGUUGGAACUUGAUGGCCUUCCUAAUUUCAGUAGCAUUUAUCCAGAGAAAACAUCUGCAACAUCUUCUAUGUCCAGUAAUGCUUCUGCAAUUCAACCAUUCUUUAACAAACAGAUGCUGAUUCCUAAGUUGGAGAAAUUGAGGAUUUGGAGGAUGGAUAAGCUGAAAGAGAUAUGGCCUUAUCAAUUUAUAAGUAGCAAAGACGUUGAUGCCUGCAUGUUGAGAAAGAUUGAAGUGGGCAGAUGUGAUAAUCUUGUGAAUCUGUUUCCAACCAAUCCCAUGUCUUUGUUGGGUCGUCUGGAAGAGCUUGAUGUUAGAGAAUGUGAAAGCAUUGAAUUGUUAUUUAACAUUGACAUGAGUUGUGUUGGUGAAACUGAAGAAUACAGUAGCAGCUUGAGAGAAAUUAAAGUAUCUAAAUUGGAGAAGCUAAGAGAGUUGUGGAGGAUGAAAGGUGAAAGUAGCUCUGAUAUCCUCAUCCGUUGCUUUCAAGCUGUUGAAAGGAUAUAUAUAUUUGGGUGUGAGAGGUUUGUAAACGUAUUCACACCGACCGUGACCAAUUCUGAUGUGAGAACAGUUAUGAAAGUGAGUAUAGAUGGUAGGAGAACUUGGGAAGAAACCAGGGGAAACAUUGAAUUGGUUCAGAACAACCAAGAGAUUAAUGUUAUAUCCAAGGAAGAGAUCAUUUCAGAGGUGUAUGGUAAUAUUCCUGAUGUUGAAUCCUCAAUUCAUCCCAAACCUUUUCACGUUAAUCACCUUCAAAGACUUGAUGUAAGGGACUGUAAGGAUGUUGAAGUGGUGUUUGAGAUAGAGAGUUCCGGUAACAACACAGAUUUCACAACAACUCUGCAUAAAUAUAAUCAUCAACCACCACCACUACUACUUCCCCACCUCAAGGAAUUACAUUUAGAAGAUAUGGAGAGGAUGAGUGAUGUGUGGAAGUUCAAUUGGAAGAAACUUGUAAUUCCUCAAAACCAAUCACAAUCCUACUCAUUCCACAACCUCACAACCAUAUACAUGGAAAAGUGUCAUAGCAUAAAGUACUUAUUUUCACCUGUCAUGGGCAAACUUCUUCCCAAUUUAAAGUGUGUCUGGAUAUAUGAUUGUGAUGGUAUUGAAGAAGUUGUUUCAAAUAGAGAUAUUAAUGAUGAAAAUGAAGAAAUAAUAUCUUCUACUCACACAAACACCUUCUCCUCCUUCCCUCUUCUUGAACAACUCUACCUUGAAGAUCUGCCAAGCCUAAAGAGUAUCGAUGGCGGUACUAGGAUCACAACUACUUCCAUCCAUGAUCAGUUCAAGUGUUGUCAAGUCGGUGUUGCUUCUUGGUUCUUAUGCCAAUACUCCAAAAAGAUUGAUAUAAGAAAUUGCCCUGCCCUAUCAAGAGUGUUUCCAUCCAAUGUAGUGGGACAACUGAAUAAGCUUGAAGUGUUGAGAAUAGAAGAAUGUAAGUCAAUGGUGGAGAUAUUUGAAAGUAAAGAAAUAAACAAAGAUGGUGUUGAUAGUACUACGAAUGUUGGUGAUGGAAGUGAUGAUACUUGUACUGCAAUCACCCUCCCAAGGUCGGCCAAUAUGACUCUGCUUCAAUUGCCCAACCUGACGAUAUUAAAAAUCUAUGACUGUGAAGUAUUGGAAUAUAUCUUCACAAGUUCCACACUUGAAAGCCUCAAGCAAAUCAAAGAAUUGACUGUAGCAGAAUGCAAGGCAAUGCAAGUGAUUGUGAAGGAAGACACAGAGCACACAGAAAAAUCUAAAUCUAUAAUAGUCUUCCCUUGUCUCAAGUCCCUUACACUAACAAAUUUACCAGAUCUCAAGGGUUUCUUCUUAGGGAAGAAUGAGUUCAGGUGGAAAGCAUUGGAAAAGGUUAAGAUUUAUGGCUGCCCACAAAUGAUGAAUUUCACAUCUGGUCACUCCAUGACUCCGAAGCUCAAUUACAUACAUGCAGAAUUAGGCAAGCAUAGUCUUGAUCAAUAUGGCCUCAACUUCCAUUUGACAAAUGCUACACAUGAGGAUGAGCAGACUCAACACCCUAUGUGCUCUACUCCAGAUAUGAUAAAGCUACUUCAGUUCCCGUGGUCUUUUUCAAAUUUAGUUGAAGUAGAUGCACAAUGGAUUGACAAAUUGUUGGACAGCCGCAUAAUUUUCCCAUGCAACGAGUUGCUUAAUUUGAAGAAUCUUGAAAAGCUUUCUAUUACCAAUGUUUAUAAAUCUGUAAUAGAGGAGGUAUUUGAAGAAGCAGAAGGGACAAAUGAAGAUGUGGAUAUUGGAACACAAUCUGUUGUGGUAUUUGAGAAGCUGAAAGAGGUGACUUUGGGUAGAUUAAAUAAUCUGAAGCAUAUGUGGAAGAGCAAUCGGUGGAUAGUGUUGAACUUUCCAAACCUUACAAAGGUCUCAAUUGUAAGUUGUAAGCUUCUUGGACAUGUUUUCAGUAGUUGCAUGGUUGGUAGUCUAUUGCAGCUCCAAGAGCUACAAAUAAGUAAGUGCGAGAGUAUGGAUGUGAUUGUGAAGCAAGUUGAAGAUUCCGAAACCAGACCGACUACUACUGAGGUUGUGUUCCCUUGUCUGAAAUCCAUAACACUUUUCAAACUUCCAAAUCUCAUGGGAUUUUGCCUGGGGAAGGAGGCUUUUGAAUGGCCAUCAUUAGAUACUUUGAAAAUCAAAGAUUGUCCAAAAAUAACAGUUUUCACAAAUGGGCAAUCAACUACUCCAAAGCUAAAAUUAAUAGAUACAACUUUUGGAUUGUGUCAUGUAAUAGAAGACCCCAACUCUUUUAUAAAGACCUAUCAACAAGAGGGAGUUCUAGAGGAACAUUUGAAUUCACACAUGCAGUUUGGCUCAUUUUGAAGUCAGCUAUAUAGCAUAGAUAUACCAAAUAGAAGUACAGACCACAGUAUCCAAGACAACUUUCUUUUUGGAAGCAAUAGGCAACUGAUCCACCAACACGAACAAAUCAGGAACGGAAUCAAAAGGAAUUUGUGAAAUCUCCAACCAUUUAAAAAUCUCAAACCAAGUCCUGGCAGCAACCUCACAUUUCAAAUGAUCUUGUUGCUCAACCUCUACAUUACAAAUAGUGUUUUUAUCGUCGCCUUCAAUGAAUAUAUCUCAUGACGAUUUCAAAUAAACCAUUGUUCAUGAAAGCCUGAGAAAUGACGAUAAUGCCCUUGACUAUGAGCCACCCAGUAUGAAGGAAAUACCAAUCAAGAAAACCAAUGGGACCUGUAUGGACUAUGAAAAAGAGAAUAUGGAAAUGAUAGAUGUUGAAAUGAUGAAGGCAUUUUGCAUCACUCUUUAUUUUCUAUUCUUUUCCUAUUUUCCUUUUUUUUUUUUUUUUCUUUUUUGUUUUUCAUUAGGGUUCAUAAUUUUUGUUGAUGGAGGUUUCUCAUAGUGAGGUUACACAUUAAAUAUUAUGUAUAUUGUGAGCUCAAAUGUUAACAUUCAGUUAAUGCUUCAACUUGUGAUUACACUUAGAAAGCAAAAAUUGCAUUUGUUUGUAUGGCGUCAUCAUCUUUGGUGCGAUACUUUUGUAAAUUUAAAUACAG